GGAUAUCAAAACCAAGAGUACUUGCUUUAAGAUACAAUAUCUCUUUGUCAGUGUUCCAAAUAGAGAGUACAACAAUGAGAGCUUGUUAUCUCCCAUUUCUGCUUCUACUUGGAGUACUCUUAUCAUGUAAUGCAACAAAACUUGGAUUUAGUUUUGAUUUGCGUGAUUCUAAAGUCAGAUGCAUAGAGGAAGAACAGCAAGCAUUGCUCCAAUUCAAACAACACCUUGUAGAUCAUUUUCAUUGGCUGUCGUCUUGGGCCAGUGAUGAAGAUUGUUGCAAGUGGGAAGGAAUUAAAUGCAACGACAGAACAGGUCAUGUUGUUAUGCUUGAUCUUCGAGCAGAUUGGUGGUAUGGUGAACCUGCAACAAAAUUUCUAGAAGGUGAGAUAAGCUCUUCAUUACUUGGAUUGCAAUAUUUGACUUACCUGGACUUAAGUUACAAUAACUUUUCUGGGAAACCCUUCCCCAAUUUUAUUGGCUCACUUGUUAUGUUACAAUAUCUCAAUCUUUCAACAACCUAUAUAGCCGGAGCCAUUCCACAACAAUUAGGAAAUCUCUCGAAAUUGAUUUCUCUUGAUCUCAGCCAGAACUAUGAUUUGACAGAGGCACAUAAUCUUGAUUGGUUAAUUCAUCUUUCAUCUUUAACUUAUUUGGAUCUGAGUUGGGUCAACCUCAGCCAAGUAGUCAAUUGGCCCAAUAAGGUUAUGAUGCUCCAUUCUUUGAUACACUUGAGUCUACGGGGUUGCAGUCACUCCACAUUAACGACUCCUCAAUUGCUUUCCAUCAAUGCUAGUACCUCAUCACAACUUCUAUUUUUAGAUCUUUCUUAUAAUUAUGAUCUAAAGGAGGUACAUAAUCUUGAUUGGUUAAUUCAUCUUUCAUCUUUAACAUAUUUGGAUAUGAGUCGGGUCAACCUCAGCCAAGUAGUCAAUUGGCCUAACAAAGUUAUGGUGCUCCCUUCUUUGAUACACUUGCGUCUAAGGGGUUGCAGUCUCUCAACAACGACUCCUCAGUUGCUUUCCAUCAAUGCUAGUUCCUCAUCACAACUUCUAUUUCUAGAUCUCUCUAACAAUUAUUUCACCUGCUCAAUAUUUCACUGGUUGUUCAACUCCACUACAAGCCUUGUUGAUCUUCGCCUUGGUUAUAUUAAUGGGUUACAAUGCUCCAUUCCGGAUGCUUUUGGUAGCUUAAAUUCACUUCAAACACUAAAUCUUAUUGGAAAUCAACUUGUCAGUGGCAUUCCAAGAUCUUUUUGGAAUUUAUGUUCCUUAGAUUCAUUGUAUCUUUCUAAUAACCGUCUUAGUGGAAACCUUUACGAAUUUAUGAGUAAUGCGUCAGGUUGUUUGGUGGGCUCUUUGCGAGAAUUUGAAAUAUGGAACAAUAGAUUCACGGGGCCGUUGCCUGAGAGUAUUGGAAACUUAUCCAAUCUUGAGACCCUGGAUGUUUCUAACAAUUCCCUCACUGGGGUGAUCUAUGAAGCCCAUAUUUCAAAUCUCAUCAAGCUGAAAGUGUUAUCUUUGGGGUUAAACUCUUUGAUUUUGAGAUUCGGCUACAAUUGGGUUCCACCAUUCCAACUGGAUGUUAUUUAUUUGAGCUCUUGCAGACUAGGAUCAGCUUUCCCAAAGUGGCUUCAAAGUCAAAAGAAUUAUACGGUACUUGAUAUUUCUGAUGCUGGAAUUUCUAACAUUAUCCCUGCUUGGUUUCAGGACUUCCCUCCCAAGUUAUUUUCUUUAAUUAUGAGUAACAAUCAAUUGCAUGGGAACUUGCCAAACUUUUCAUCAUCCAAACUUGAUGAGUUGGCUUUUAUAGAUUUAAGCACCAACCUUUUUGAUGGUUCAAUACCACAUUUUCCAUCAAAUGUGUCAUCACUAGACCUAUCGAAUAAUAGGUUUUCUGGGCCCAUUUCCUUCCUAUUUGAACUCAAUACUCUAAUGUUAUUGGAGUAUUUAAACCUCUCAAACAAUACACUGUCUGGAGAGCUUCCAGAUUGUUGGACGUAUAUUCGUGACUUGGUUGUUCUUAAUUUGGCCAACAACAAUUUUUAUGGAAAAAUACCAAACUCAAUGGGCUCCCUAGUCUCGAUUCAACUUUUGCAUUUAAGCAACAAUGGACUUGUGGGAAAGAUUCCGACAUCCCUUAAAAAAUGUAGCGAGUUAAUAACCAUUUACUUGGAAGCAAAUAACUUGUCCGGAACGAUACCUCCAUGGAUUGGUGAUAGUUUGCCAAAUUUGGUUAUUCUUAAUCUGCGAUCUAAUCAGUUUUAUGGAAGUUUGCCUUUAAGCUUAUGUCAUCUAUCACACAUUCAAAUCUUGGACCUUUCUUUGAACAAGAUCGAGGGAACUAUUCCAGAAUGUAUCUACAAUUUGACUGCAAUGUUUCAUACAAUGGAUACAGUUUCAAGUGCCAUUUACACAAAUAAUCCCGGGGUGUCUUAUGAAGACUAUGCAUCCUUGCUAUGGAAAGGAAGAGAGUUUGUGUUCAAAAAUUCCUUGGGACUUGUGAAGAUGAUUGAUCUUUCAAAUAACAAAUUACAUGGAGAGAUUCCAGAAGGAAUUACUAAUCUUACAGAAUUAAUCGCCUUGAAUUUAUCGAGAAACAAUUUAUCUGGAUUAAUCACUCAGAAGAUCGGUUUGUUGAAAAAUUUGCAAAUUCUUGAUUUAUCUAGAAACCAACUUUAUGGUGAAAUCCCAAUGAGUAUUUCCAACUUAAGUUUUCUCAGUCACUUGGACUUGUCCGCCAACAACUUAUCAGGCAAAAUCCCAACUGGAACUCAAAUACAAAGCCUCGAUGCUUCUAUAUUUUUGGGAAAUCCUAAACUAUGUGGCUCUCCACUUCCAAACAAGUGUAUAGACGAUCUUCAUCCAAGUUACAUUAACACUCAGGGCGAUAAGAAUCAGAAUGUUCAGGAAAAUGAUGAUGAUGGAUUUAUAACGAAAGGAUUUUAUGUUGCUGCAACUGUUGGAUUCAUUGGAGGAUUUUGGGGGGUGUGUUUCAUGAUAGUGCUAAACAUACGGUAUAUAAUGAAACGUCUCAUUUCCAAUGUUCAAAUGAUGCUACAGGUGGUAGCAGCUCUAUGUAUGCUCACUUUAUAAAGUUAAAUUAUAAGUGAUCCAGCUAGCAGGAGAAAACUACAUCAUUUCAAUAAGCUAGUCAUGAUACUAUAUAUAGUACAUGAUCAAGAUCAUUUUGUUUUUAUUUUUUUAGUGGAUUAGCUCUACUUGUUUUUUGUUCAGUAUAUUGUACCGAUCAAAAGACAAUUAUUGUAUCUUAGACUAAUUAUUUCGAAGUAUUUUUCAAUGGAUGUAAUUUUA